UGUUUUAAAUUCUAAUUUGAUUAGAGCACUUUAGUUUAUAAAAUGCCAUUCUCAAACGAAGGAGAUCGAGUUGGACAUGGUGAAAUAAAAACAAGUAGAAUGGGAAUGUCUGAAGAUGAUUUUCGAAAUGCAGCUAACGAAAUGUCUGAAUAUAUCAUCAGUUAUUACAAAAGUCUGAAUGGGAGACAAGCCAUACCAUCAGUUACUCCUGGAUUUUUAACCGAUCUGCUACCCAAAGAUCCACCAAACCGGCCCGAAAACUGGGAAAAAUUAUUUGUUGAUCUUGAAAAAGUUGUUAUGAGGGGAAUGAGUCACUGGCAAUCUUCAAACUUUUUUGCGUACUUUCCUACCGGAACUAGUUAUCCCUCGAUUCUUGCAGAUAUGCUCUCGAAUGCUGUAUCAAGCGUUGACUUAAGCUGGGCAUCGUCUCCCAUAAGUACGGAAAUGGAGGCUACAGUCCUGGGUUGGUUAGGGCAAGCAAUCGGAUUACCAGAUUGUUUUAUACAUUCAAAAGUUGGACCUGGAUACGGAGUGAUUCAAGGUUCUGCAAGCGAGGCAACACUUAUGACGUUGCUAGCAGCAAGAUCUAAAAAGCUGUCGCUAUUGAGUAAUAAAUAUCCAGAAAAAUCGCAAUACGAGUUAUUGUCAAAGUUGGUUGCAUACUCCUCCAAAUAUAGUCAUUCAUCGGUAGAAAGGGCAUGUCUAAUGGGAAUGGUACAAUUGCACAAAUUGCCUGUGGACGAAAAUAUAUCAGUGACUAAGCAAAUUUUGGAAGAAGCAAUAAAAAUAGAUAUGGAGAAUGGAAAAAUUCCCUUUUACGUUUGUGCAACAUUGGGAACCACGUCAUGCGUUUCAUUUGAUGACCUAAGUGGGAUCGGAGAAGUUUGCGCGGAAGAGGAUAUAUGGCUUCAUGUGGACGCUGCUUAUGCCGGAUGUAGUUUCGUGUGUCAGGAAUUCCGUCAUCAUAUGAAAGGAAUAGAGAUGGCAAGUUCCUUCAAUUGCAGUCCGCAUAAGUGGUUGAUGGUUAACACUGAUUGUUCGGUUCUCUGGGUGAAAAACAAUAAAGAUUUGCUUGAAGCUUUCAAAAUGCAGCCUGAAUAUGCGAGACAUCCGGAAGAUGACGUAACUAUUGAUCACAGGCACAUGCGAGUCGCAUUUGGUUGCCGAUUUCGUUCUUUAAAACUUUGGUUCGUAUUUCGACUGAUUGGAGUCGAUGGUUUAAAACAAAAAAUCAGAGACGACGUCAAGAUGGCAAAAUUAUUUGAAACAUACGUCAAAAAAGACAAACGAUUUGAAGUUGUUUUUCCAGUACAUUUGUCACUUGUGUGCAUUCGCUUGAAAGUUUCGGAGGAUCCGAAGGUAAAUAAAAGUAUCAAUGUUGAACUUCUGAAAAGAAUCAAUCAAGCAAAAGAGAUUUAUUUAGUUCCCAGUGAAGUUGAAGACGUUUGUUUCCUCAGGAUAUCUGUUGGCACUGUAGCUUGUGAUGAAAAUGCCAUAAAGAAUUGCUGGAAUGUUAUACAAAAGCAUGCGGAUUUGAUAUUUAGGAAUUCAUUAGAAAACGGUUCGAUGUAGCCUUAAAACAGAAUUAUUACGUUAUGUUUUAUUAAGCAAGAAACUUGUUGAUUCAAGGGCCAGAUUGCUAUUUAAAAAGAUUUGGUUUUACGUCACAACUCAAAAAUAGCGCCAUCGAUGUUAUGCUACGGUUCACAUCAUCAGAAGGCGUUUACUAAGAUUUUAUUUGAUUCGUGUUUUCUUUUGAAAGAUCUAGGACAGGUCAUAUUUAAACAGAUGCAUUCAAUUUGAAAUAUUAAUUUGUGAUUUAUGCUUACAAACAUUAUUAUAUUGAAUAUAUAAACUUUUAGUCAUAGUUCUGUACAAAACAAUAAUAUUAAUUGAACAUACAAGUAGUAUGUUCUGCAUUUAGUAACAUUUUUAAGUCAUGUGGUCGUAAUUUCUAUUAUUCUUGUGUGAAUUUAUCACUUGAAAAAGUGAAGCAUAUAAAUUACUUGAUAGUGUUGAUAAAAAAAUUCAGGAAAUUUCGUUUUUACUGAUAACAUGCAUAUUCUCAUUCAAAUUUGUGUUUAAUCUAAUACUUGAAAAGUCUUUAUCAAGAAUGAAAUCAAUCGAAGCGAGUAAAAUAAAAGCUUGUUAU